UUUGUUUUCCUGGUCUGUAAUCGCUGUCUGAUUAUCUUAAUAGCUUCAGCUAAAGAAGAGGUCGAAGCUCAUCGAGAGAAAAUCGAAACAUUACACAGACAGCUGACAAGUUCUUCGUUAGGAAAGAGUAAAACUAUGAUGGAAUUUAAAACCAAGAAUAAUAACACCGAGAAAAGCGAGCAAGUUUGUGUACAGAUCGAAUUAAUCAAGCCAAAAGAUCAAUUUGGGUUGGCAUCGAUAUUAUACGAUAAUGAUGCGGUCAACUGCCAUCUUGUCAGCAAUGGUGCUGAAUGCAUACUUAUAAAGAAAAGUUGGUUCUUACAAAAUGCAGACGAGUCUUUACUCAGAGAAUUACGAGCACAGAUACCGCCCUACCCGACCCAAGAGAGAUUACAGCAACGYUUCCAGGAUCAGGCGAACUGGGAAUCAUUUAAAACACAAACAAUAAACGAUCUUCUGGACACCCUUCAACUAUGAGCGUCUACCAGUCAAUGAAUUAUUUAUAGCAGACYUGAUGUCUUGUACAACAUUUUAAAUAUUAAAAAUUCUAUUUUAGUCGUUUCCAUGGAAAAUYAAUUCCUGCAAAUGAUCAUUCGUCCAGUAA